GACUAGCUACCACUGUUUCGAGUCUUGGCAUGUGAGCUGUGUAAGAAACAGCAGCUGCACUUUCUCAGUCACUCACUCUCUCCGUCUCUCGCUCUCUCCCUCUCUCCUGGAGCCGCCGCCUGCACAGCGCCACAGUCGCCGGCCGAGCACGCCACCGUCGACACCGUCCAAGGGAGGACAACGCCGUUACACUGCUAACACCCCGCAUCGCAACCGUGCACGGAGGCCUCGGCGCGUCGGAGAGCGAGCCACGUGGAGGGAUCUGGACUGGGGAAGCACCGCCGCCCGUGCUGUGGUUGAAGCCGCCGGGGAAUGGUGCGCUGCUCCCGUCGACCGCAGUCUGCACAAUCCCGUCGGCUUGCAGUCCGAGCCUGACCAAGCUAAUGGGAGGGAGAUGCACACUAGCUAGCUGAUCAAGCAUUGAGCGUCACAAGCCAUCCGUUCUUGCUGAUCCGAGUCUGACGACCAAACUAUUCCCUGUAUUUGAGGGGGUAUCGAAGAAAGGGGCGAUGGCGCAGUCGGCUGUGAGCACCGUGCUCGGGACCGUGGGCAGUCUUGCAGUCCAGGAGACCACAUUCUUGUGUGCAGUCAACCUUGAAGUGGGGUUGUUGAAAGAUGAACUGAUGAGGCUGAAGGCCUACCUCAAAGAUGUUGAUAGCAAGUGGAGAUCAGGAAAUGCAAGGGUUGCAGUCUUGGUGAGCCAGAUCAGGGAUGCGGCUUAUGAAGCUCAGAACAUCAUUGAAGCUGCAGAUCACAUGGCGAAGAGAAACAGGCUCAAGAAGGGAUUCAUGGGUGCUAUUUCAAGGUAUGCUCGCCUACCGACUGACUUGGUCGCCCUUCGCAAAAUCGGUGUUGAAAUUCAGCAUGUAAGAAGGAAGCUCAAUGAGAUUUUUGCAAGUGCGGAAAAACUGAAUAUUAAUUUGGAUAAUAAUGUUCUAGUUGAGGAUGAGUCUCCACAAGAUGAUGGACCUAUACAUCAAAACUCUGAAGAUGAUGUUGUCAUGGUUGGUUUUGAGGAUGAGCACGAAGAAAUAGUGGACAAGUUAGUUGACAAUGAUUACCUGCUUAGUGUUGUGUCUAUAGUUGCCAUGGGUGGGGCAGGAAAAACAACACUUGCUAGAAAAGUCUACACUUCAUCUAGAGUUAAGGAGCACUUUGACACACUUGCUUGGGUGACUGUAUCUCAAAAGUUCAAGGGUGUUGAUUUACUAAAGGAUAUUAUGAAACAAAUCACAGGGCACAAGGACGAGUCUGUUGACCAAAUGAAAGAGUAUGAGGUGGGAAAGAAUAUUAUGAAACAAAUCACAGGGCACAAGGACGAGUCUGUUGACCAAAUGAAAGAGUAUGAGGUGGGAAAGAAGAUCAAUGAAUUUCUAUCACAAAAAAGGUACCUAGUAGUUCUUGAUGACGUUUGGGAAACAGAUACAUGGGAGAAAUUAAACAGAACGAUUAAAGUCUUUCCAGAUGAAACUAAUAGUAGUAGAGUGCUGUUAACCACACGAAAGGAAGAUGUCGCAAAUCAUGUUCAGAUGCCAACCCAUGUUCAUCAUUUGAAGAAGUUGGAUGAAGAGAAAAGUUGGGAUCUUUUUAGCAGCAAAGCUUUACCACCAUACAAAAGGUAUGCCAUACGUGAUGUGGACGAGUUUGAAAAGCUUGGGAGAAAGCUUGCAAAGAAAUGUGAUGGAUUGCCACUUGCACUUGGAGUUUUGGGAGGUUAUCUGUCUAAAAAUCUAAAUGCACAAAUAUGGUCCGAUAUACUCUCUGAUUGGCCAGCAACCAAGGAUGGACAAAUGAUGAGUGUCAUACUGGCACGCAGUUACAAGGACCUACCGAAUCAUCAUUUGAGAUCUUGUUUACUUUAUUUUGCUGCUUUUCCUGAGGAUUAUGAAAUACAUGUGCCGCAUCUUAUUGAGUUGUGGAUAGCAGAAAGUUUCAUUCCAGAUACACCAAACCAUACACUAGAAGAAACAGCACGGAGCUAUGUAAUCGAGUUGGCUCAGAGAAGCUUGGUCCAAGUUGUUGACAGAAGUACGACACAUGGAUGGAUAGACAGAAUAAGGAUUCACGAUAUCUUGCAUGACUGGUGCAUACAAGAAGCAAGACAAGAUGUUUUUCUUGAUACCAGCAACAAAACUGUAGACCAAGCUGGUGCAUCAUCAUCAUCAUCUGAUAACUUGAUAUCUUAUCGUUUUAGUUUUCAAACUUCGAGUUAUCAGAUUUUACCUGCGACACCUAAUGUCCGAAGUUUGCUUGGCUUUAAACUCUCAUCAGUGUCCCUUCCUAAGCUGAGAUUCCUGAGAGUUCUUUGCAUUGAAGAUUCAACACUAAAAGACUUCUCCAGUGUAAUUGGUAGGUGCAUUCACCUAAGAUUGCUUAGGUUGAGAUAUUGUGAAGGUGUGGCGCUCCCUUCUUCAAUUGGAAAACUCCUUUACUUGCAGACAAUAGAUCUAAGGGGCACAAUAUUGGAGUCAGUAGUACCGAACUCUCUCUGGGAUAUCCCUACUCUAAGGCAUGUUUACCUUCGCAAUUGUUUUUUUUCUCCACCGCCACCUGCAAGGAGUGUGCGACUGCAGCCGAAAGAGCUACAGAGCUUUGCGUUGCUUCUUGAUCCUGUUGGCACUGAUUUCCGCUGUCAUGACAUGAUGAUUUUCUUGGGCCAGCUGAAUCAAUUGACAACCUUCUGCUUGUUUAUGCACCCCAAUAUACCAGCCGAGGUGCUCAACAUAUUUGCAAACAUGCCUCACCUGGUCGAUAUUAGUCUCGGCCAAUUUGAUGUGCUCGAUAAGCUGCCUGCCGAGUUCCCACAAAGCGUACGCUCUCUUUUUCUAUCUGCUGAUGUCAUAAAACAAGACCCGAUGCCCAUCCUGGAGAAGCUUCCCUGUCUUGUGGUGUUGAGGUUGUGGGGGUACAAAGGCCAGACCAUGUGCUGCUCUUCCCAAGGGUUCCCUCGGCUGCAAGAGUUAUUACUUGGUAGUUUUUCCACCGAGGUGUGGAGGAUGGAGGAAGGGGCAAUGCCAAAGCUCUCCCACCUGACACUUCAGUCCUGCAAGAAGAUCAGCAAGCUUCCCGUGGGGUUGCUGCACCUUCCGUCUCUCGAUCACCUGGAGCUGGCCUUUAUGACCCAGAUUUCUGAAGAUGACAUCACACUAAAUGAGCUGCGGCGGAAAGGAUGCGAGGUAUACAUACAUAUACGCAGCUUAGGCAUAGUUAAUUUGCCACACCUUAUGAGCACGCUUUGUUUACUGCAGAUCUGUGGGGCGCGAUGAAUUCAUCUUCAGUCUCGUCUAAAAUAUGGCACUCUCCCGAUUCAUUCUUGAACCCAUCUCCCUCCUCCCAAUCCUCAUAAUAUCCUGCUUUCCUUCUCCCUCCCUUGAAGGACACCAUGGGCGAUCGAUACGACAGCCUCCCUCCUCCAGUGGCCCCUCGCUCCUCCUGCUCCGUCUAGAAUCGAGAUCCGCCCUCCCGAUGCCAAUGUCGCCGCCUCCUCGUCCUCCGAUGCCGUCGGCCGUGUACAAGAUGGAGCUGAGGUGGUCUCGGAGAGGCUGCUGCCCAUCGCUCCUCUCCACCACCAGCCGCCUGCACCUCCCCCGAACUCCAAGUCUCUUUCCCUGGCGGCAGAGAGAGAUGGUGCUAAUCCUCCAAGAUGUCUGUUGCAUUUAUUUUCUUUCAUGUACAAAGGUGUCAGUUCAUUUUCAGUGCAAAAUGUACAUAGAGUCCAGAAACUGGGUUGUACAGAGCCGUGCAUGCCUAUACCUUACUUGCUCAUAACAAAUCCAUAUGCAUCGAUGAAUACUUUUUUCUCGACA